AGUUUCAAGGGGCGUAGCAUACCUAUCUCGACUUUGCUGAUAUGCAUGAUAGCGAGUUGUGCAACAUGUGCAGAUUGUUUUUGCUUGAUUAUUGCAACAUACUGCAUCACUGACAAAUAGGCUAGCUGAGCUGCCCAACAGACUUGAUUUGCCAUUUCAGAGCUAUAUCAAGUUUAUGUAUCUCUCGUCGUUCAGUGUAUCCACAGCCAGAUGCUGCAAGAAUGUGAUUAUUAGGAACACGCUCUCAAAAAAUGGGAUAGCAUGCCCAAGUUUCACUUUCAGUUGUAAACACUCGAGCACGAGCUCAACAUCAUUGUCAUUGGGACUGUUGAGUAGAUCUAGGCUUAAAAUUGUCACUGAAAAUACAAAUUUUCUCAGCAUUUGUAAUGUUCGAAGAAUCUCCAGCGGAAAGAACUGGCUGAAUUUAAGGUGUACAAAAACAUUUUACUCUGAUCCAUUUCAAAGCGAAAGUCAAAUAAGGCUAAGCCGGAGCAAGUGGAGCUUUUCAUCACAAUUUGGCAUCCAGCGAAGGGCUGCAUCAUCACACUGGGAAAUGGCGGCGGACAAGGCUAAAUUGCGAUUUUUGAAGAACAGAGAGAGAAGAGCUCAACUAGAUAAAGCUCCGCAGCAGAGUGGAGUAGUUUCACUGCAAAUUGUUGGAAAUGGAUCAAUCGAUUGCCCUCCAUCUGUGCUUAUCAUCACUGAUACGUCUAGAUAUAUUUUCAACUGUGGAGAAGGCACUCAGAGGUUGCUGAUGGAGUGUGGGACGAGGAAUCUGUCAAAGCUUGAACACUUAUUCCUCACCAGAAUGUCUUGGGAGAAUGUUGGAGGAGCCAUCGGCAUGACCAUUACUCUGAAGAACAUUGGAAUUCCACGAGUGACGAUGUAUGGACCACCAAAUAUGGAAGAGUUCAAGAAGGCAAUACAAAUCUUUGCAAAGCAUGAAGCUAUUGACAUCAAUCUGAAGCCUUACAGUGAAGGACCAUUCAUGAAUGACACCAUGGUUGUGACUGCUGUACCUCUCUUUUCGACCAAGAAUGAAGACACAAUUGUCUCAACAGAAACAGAUGAUAACCAAGGAGAAGAAGGCUGCUCCGAAACCAGUGACAGGGAAGAUAAUGUCUCCCCUGUGCCAAGUGAAGAAUCAGGAGUCAAAAGGAAAGCCGCAAGCCCAUUGGAUGUGAUAGCUGACAUGAACGUAAAACUACAAAGCACAGGUGCCUCUGCAAAGAAGAGGAAAACGGAAAGAUUACCAGAUAUGACUAUUGCAUAUGUUUGCAAGUUACAUGAUAAACCUGGAAAGCUACUGGUCAAGGAAGCUGUUCAGAUGGGGCUCAAACCGAAUCUUCAUUUUGAGCUUGUCAAAUCUGGAAAAUCAGUUACAUUGGACGACGGUACCGUGGUGAAAGCUGAAGAUUGCCUGGGCCCAGUUAUACCUGGCCAAGUUUUCAUUGUUCUGGAAUGUCCAUCAGUAGAUUACAUUGAGCCCAUCGUGAGCAAUGAGGUUUUCACCAGGCAUUUCAGUGAUUGUGGUGAGGAUGCAGCUAGCUUGGUUCUUCAUAUGUGCCCUGAGGAGGUCCUGCAUGAUGAGAGAUACCAGCAAUGGAUCACCAGAUUUGGAGCAACUGCGGAGCAUAUAAUCUUCAACGAGUCGUGUGAAAGUCUGAGGUUAGACGCAAGUAGAGGGCAGCAGACAUUACUCAAUCAGCUUCAUGAAGGCAUCUUUCCAAUUCUACCAACUCACACCUUGAAAGCCACUCCCAUUCCUCCACAAAUCAAGAUCAAUGGCAGUGAAUCUAUAGCUAAAGUGACAUAUGCAGAGAUAUACAACAAACUCCAUCUCAAGCCAGCUAAAGGGUGGGAAAGAGACUUCAUCAUCUCAGAAGACCGGCAGAGGUUCCUUGACGAGCUGGGACCGUUGAAAGGGUUCCAGGAGAGUCUGAAGACACUCAAAGCUACACUGGAAGAGACUAAGAGUGACCACACUGAGUCAACGGAGCAGAAGUACCCUGAGGUGGUCUUCCUGGGGACAGGAUCAGCCAUGCCUAACAAGGCUCGUAACGUCUCAGGGAUACUUCUCAAUUUCAGUGAGAACAAGUCAAUGAUCAUGGACUGUGGAGAAGGAACGUUUGGUCAGCUGUGUCGUUACUAUGGUGAUAAAGUUGAUGGUGUCAUGGCCAGCAUCCAGUGUAUCUUCAUCUCCCAUAUCCAUGCUGAUCACCAUGCGGGUCUAAUCAAUCUACUGAAACAUUGGAAGAGAGUUACAAAGUCAGAUGAUUCUGGGAACAAUCUGAUUCUGAUCGGUCCGAAGAGGAUGUUUAUCUGGCUCAAUCUCUUUGACCAGCACUGUGAGUCGUUCAUCCAUAGAACCAGGUUUGUGGAGCUAGCAGACCUGAACAUCAACCAACAAGGAGAGAGAUCAAGACAUGAAGCAUCACUGCUGUCAAGGUUUAAUCUCAAAGAGUUCAACACAGUGUAUGUGAGGCAUUGUGCUAAUGCCUAUGGAGUAACACUCACGCAUCAAGAUGGCUGGAAGAUGGUCUAUUCUGGAGACACCAUGCCUUGUGAUAACCUCAUCAAAGCAGGAAAGGGAGCUGAUCUGUUGAUUCAUGAAGCUACUCUCGAGGAUGGUAUGGAAGAAGAGGCAAAGAAGAAAAGACACAGCAUGAUCUCCCAGGCCAUUGAGGUAGGCCAAUCCAUGGAGGCCAAGUUUCUGCUCCUGACUCACUUCAGUCAACGCUACCCCAAGGUACCCCUCAUUGAGACGUCCUCCACCAGCAAGAUAGGCAUCGCAUUUGAUAACAUGAGGGUUUCAUUCUCCGAGCUUGACCUGCUUCCUCAGUUCCUUCCGACCCUCAAGUAUCUCUAUGCAGCUGAGAUCCAGGAAUUAGAGGUCCUCCGGGAAAAGAAGGCAGAGAGGAAAGUCAUCAACAAACAGAUGACAAAGAAGAAGAUGCCUUCCACAUCAUGACAUAUGUGAAUGGAACCAAGAUUCUUUGCUAUCAUCAUCAUCUAUAACUUUCCAAUCAACAUCAAAUGCCCUCUUUGAUGGAAGCUGGAACACUUGAAAACUUGUUACCUGAAAUUACUCUAUGAAUGGAACCAAGAAGAUACCUUCCACAUCAUGACAUAUGUGAAGAGGCAUGAUUCCUUGCUAUCAAGAUCUAUAACUUUCCAAUCAACAUCAAAUGCCCUCUUUGAUAAAAGCUGGGACACUUGAAAAUUUGAUACCUGAACCUACCCUGCAUCAGGGUUAAAGUAAUGUGUUUGUCUUGUGGUAAUGAUUCUGUACCAGCUGACAGUUUGAAACUCUCAUCCCAAAUAUACAAAAUAAAAAAUUGAACUGGUACAUGUUUGUGUUAAUAACUCCAACAUAGAAUUUAUGAAACACUCAUCCCAAAUUUUCAUUAAAACGUUGGCCAAUUCCAGGAGGGGAUUGGUCUGGUUUUUAAGUGAGUUACAAUAACCCUGGUUAGCUACUGAAAUCAUUGCUUUUUUUUAUAGAAAUUUGACUGAUAAAAUGUGUUUUGAAACAGGGCCCAGAUUUGCAAAAGUUGCACGCCAUACAAUAACUGAAUCACAACACUGAACUAGUAUAGGGAUGCUUUUAUUGAAGAAAAAAUUGGCCUUUAUAAACAAUUAACAGAAGUUUCAUUAGAUGAAAGUUCCUGGUACAUGCAUUACAAUGUACCAUGGGAAAUUGUUCAAUACUUGAUUUUCCCCUUGGUUCGAACAUUGAAGAGUAUUUAGUAAAUAGUGUAAGAUAAAAGUCCCAAAUUUAAUUUGCUGAUUUUGGAUUAGUUUUCAUGAUACAAUUAGAAAGCCAAAUGUGAGAAGUCUGUUUUAAUGUCUUUGUAUAACAAGAAUAUUUUUGAGAUGUUUAUACAUGUAUUUAUAUUGAAGAUAAAUCAGAGAGUAAUAAAAUGACAUGAAAUAUUCCACUA